UUUUAAGGCAGACUUUCAAGAAGGUUAUAUAUAAUCGUUCUUGAGGGCGGUAUUAGUCUAUUUGUAGAACAGUACGUAUUGCUCUUCUAGAACAACAGAAGUGUUGUUUUUCUUAGUCGUGUUAAUGUUUAAGAAGGAAAUUUGUCGAUAAAUUGGAUAUGAUGUAAGAAUUUAUUUCGCAGCAUGUAAUAUAUAACAACCUAUUAUGGUCCCAUAAAGUAGGUCAAGUUCUCCAAAGACACUAUUCUGGUGCCCAACUGUUGUCGUUGGAUUCUGACUCUGCUCAAAUCGUAAUAAUAUUGGUCAGCAUUGGAAAUUCUCAGCGUUUGACAAUGUCUGUAUCUAUUGAAAGAAAUCCAAAGGAUUACUAUCAACGGAGUCUCAGAAGUAAGAAUCACAAAUUUAAGAAAUAUGGUCGUUCACUGCUCAAGCCAAAAUUCGAUUCUUCAAUGAAAACAGAGAAACACUGGAACCAAAUCAGUCUACACUCUAAAAAGGAACCACGAAUCACUCUACCGGUGAAACCGACGGGAUAUAAAAGUUCGAUACUUAUACAGAGGAAAAAACCAUGGAAUACUGCCGUGAAAAGUGAUGUCAAGGAAGGACACAAUCAAGUUUCAAAAUGUGAAAAAUUGUCAAGUCGGAGGGAAGUGUCCCUUCCAAUAAGUACAGACAAAAAUAAAUCGUCUGAUCUUCGGCACAUACCUAUAUGGUUGCGGAAGUCAUUGAAAUUUGUACAAAAUUGUUUUCUUGAGGAUCCCCCAAAAUUAACAGACGAUUUUCCCCAUAAUGCUAACAAAGAGGAUGGAAACGCUCCACCGAAUACAUUUAAAGUUGUUCAUAAGUCGCUUAAAAGUGCUAAAGCUAAUAUAUCAGAUAAUCUCGAAGAAAUCUUCUCGAAAUUGGGUUUAGAACAAUGGAUAAAAGAGUACAAAAAUGCCCAUGAUGAAAGUGUGAACGAAAACUCAUCCGAAGAUCAACAUAUCAUUAGUAGUUGUUCAAAACAAAUAACUCAAAAAUUAACUCACUCAAACCCAAAUGAAUGCUCAUUGAAAAAACGAUUAAGGAAAGAAUCAUAUGAAGAGGGUCACUUACAGGGGCAAUUAGUAAGUCCAAACACUGUUGAAAAUCAAUCAAAAUCUUGUCCAUCGGAUUCAGUAAAACAAAGCAAAGACAAAAAGACUCCACUUUCGUCGCAAGAUAAACUAAAUACACCAUUUCUACUAACCUCCAAUAACAAGAUACACCAUCAGAGUUUGGACUUGUUAUCUCUUGAUGUAUUUAAUCGGCUACAAGGAAAUAGCUCAAUAAACUCGAAAUCUCCUAGUUUAGUAAAUGAUAAAAGAUUUAGCCAAAUAGGCAUACACGCCAGACCGACAGUGCUUGAAAACAAUCAUCAUGAAUACCCAAUAAAGUCAUGCUACCCAAGAAGUUCAUCUAAGUGCAGUAAAUGUCUUAAUGAACUGCCAAUGGUUGAAAAACAAAACCACGAUUCUGUUUUGAAACAAAGUAAUAUAAGACGUAAUGAUAUAAAUUUCGAUCGCAUGGACCGAAGUGAAUAUGAAGUUGGACCUGAAAGUCAGAAAAUACAUCGCUGGUUGGAUGAAAAUACUUACUUAAUGAGCGGCUUGCGCCAACCAGAAUUAGGAGAUACUUGCAACAAAAAUAAAAGGAAACACACAAUUCCAUACAAGUCUGAUGUAAAAUAUGUUAAUCAACAAGAAAAUACAAGACAUAUGAAUUCUGGUUUGAACACCGUUUCUCCGCCUGUGCACCCAAUCUGGGAUACACCUGAAGAUCUACGAACGUCAUCACUUACUGACUUUCUUCACUUAUAAGACUUUUAUCUAUUAUGGAUUCACUUAUUUAAAUAGUAUGAAUGUUCGAUUGAGUUUUGCUUCGUUUAAAAAAAAAUUAUCAUGGGAAGUGUUUGUUAAGUUCGGUAUAAUUCCUAGCAAAUACACCUAAAAUCUAUCGAAAGCAGAAUAAAUCUGACAAAUUAGAAUAAUUUUCAACAUUUCAUUCUUCCGUUAGUUAAUGCUCGACCCCAUAUUUAUCAAAAACCAGUGUACAACAUAACAGAAUAUCCCUAUAAUUGAGUGGGUUUUACGGAAAGCCAUUCUAAAUAUUCAUUAUGACUGCUUUAGCUAUAUAUUUAUUUAUUUAUUUAAACACA